AUGGCUGUUAACGGAGGCUGCCCCCUGUGGGAGCACGACGAUAUUACGGAGUGCGGUCGGUUGGUAUAUAUCGACUACUACGUGCCGGUAGGGGUGUUGUGCGUUUUUGCAUCUGUUGUUGGAUACCGGGUGGUACGAAGCCUGUGGGUGCUGCAGUGGGUUACCGAGCGUCGGUGGCGACAGCGGGCGGUUGGUGAGGGAGAACAGGAGCCGCUGGUGGCACGUGGCCAGGAUGGAGGGCGGCGGCGAGGCCGGUGCUAUGCAUCGACGGUGGGGGACGGCGGGGACGGCGGGUCGUGUGAAUGGGAAGGCAAGGAGCCGGGUAAGCGCACACAGAGUUUGAUGGAGGAGCAUUUUUCGAUCGAGAACCUGAGGUUGGAGGACAGCCACGGCAAUCCACAUGGCGUUGCGGAGGUUGUCCGGAGGGGGCUGCUGGAGAAAUGUCGGACGGUUGUGGAAUGUCUGCUUUGCUUGGUGCAGGUGUGUUUGCACUGUGGGGUGUUGGUUGAGGCGCGGCGACGCCAGGAAUUACAGGAAUUGUUUCCUGAAAAUUCAACGGUAGUUCGGCUCGGUUUGUGGGUUUGCUUGGCGGGGACUUGUCUGUUGCGGCUCGGAAAUGUGAACCAAAAUGUUCAGUGGAUUGGAAGACUUGGCAAUCUGUGGGCGUUGUCUUUUGUUUCGUAUUUCGGUUUGUUUGUUGCGUCUGUUUUGCCCUUCCGGUCGGUUUGUCUUGGUUCUAUAGACAGUGUGAUAGGGGGCCGUUAUUACAAGUCGCAGUUUUUUUUGGAUCUUGGUUUGUUCUUGCUGUUGUUCACGGCGAACAUACGGAACGAACUUGCGGUUCUGUAUCACACUUCGCCUGGUGUAGUACCAUCGCCGGAGCCUAUAGCGUCUCUGGCUUCGUUUAUUAGUUGGUCUUGGGUAGACAAGUUUAUAUGGAAUGCGCAUUUGCGGCGUGUUGAGUUUAAGGACAUUUGGGGGUUGCGUAUGGAUGACUACUCGAUCUUUGUAGCGAAGCGGUUUCACCGGUAUGUGCUUAAGAAACGUGUAAAACGUUCUAUAACUAGGAACUUAAUCGGAUUCUUGUCCACUGGGUUUACCUUGCAGUGCCUGUGGGGCUCUGCCGAUGCGUUGAUGACGUUUGUUCCUACCAUCCUACUAAAAAGGGUCUUAGAGUAUGUGGAUGAUCCGUCUAGAACGCCGAAGAAUGUCGCUUGGUUCUAUGUGUUUGGGAUGUUUAUCAGCCGAUUGACUGUAACGGUUUUCCAAGGUCAGGCGCUCUUUACGGGACGCCGCAUAUGCAUCAGACUCAAAUCGUUGGUGAUCUCUGAGAUCUAUAACAAGGCUUUGCGAAGAAGUAUUUCUGUAGGAAGCGGUAGCAAUGCGUCGUCGCAAUCCUCAUCGCAGGUUACUCUAGACCUGCAUGGUUUAAGCGCUGCGGAUGAGAUCGAUGGGGACGAAAAGUCCAAACCGGCCAAUCUGGGGGCGAUCAUCAACUUGAUGGCUGUGGAUUCUAUUAAAGUUUCACAGGUUUCUGCAUACAUUCACAUGCUGUUAGAAAGCGUUGUUAUGGCCAUUGUAGCUAUGGUUUUACUAUAUCGCUUGUUGGGCUGGUCAGCUCUGGUGGGUGCAACAUUUAUUAUUUGUAUCCUGCCGAUAAACCUGCGAUUCGCAACUAAACUGGGCGAAUUGCAAGAGGAUGCAUUAGCGUGCACAGAUAGACGAAUCCAGAAGUUGAAUGAAACUUUGCAGGCAAUUCGCAUCAUCAAGUUUUUUGCAUGGGAGGAUAAGUUUGAAUCCGAUGUCCAGAAGAUUAGGGAAAUGGAAUUAUCCGUCAUGUUAAGAAGAGUGGUUGUUUGGUCUUUAUCCUCCUUCGUAUGGUAUAUUACACCAACAUUAGUUGCAUCUGCUUCGUUUUGUGUUUAUAUCUACGUCCAGGGUGAGGUAUUAACAACGCCGGUUGCAUUUACAGCGCUCUCUUUGUUUGUGCUGCUAAGAAAUCCUUUGGACCAGCUCUGCGAUAUUGUAUUCUCAUUGGUACAAUGUUCUGUAUCCCUAAGAAGAAUACAAAAUUUCUUGGAUCAGGAUGAAACCCCGAAGUACCGUCAGUUGACUGUUAAGAAAGAUAGGUUAGGGUUUUCUAACGCGACAAUCGGUUGGGACCACGAUAGCGCCACAGAUUUCAAGCUGAAGAACUUGAACAUCGAUUUCAAAAUUGGUAAGCUGAACGUUAUUGUUGGGCCAACGGGUUCCGGUAAAACCUCAUUACUUAUGGGAUUGCUAGGUGAAAUUAACCUAUCGGAAGGUAAAAUUUAUGUCCCUGCGUUGAAUCCAAGAGAAGACCUCGUCGUGGAUGCCGAUGGUAUGACCGAUUCCAUUGGGUACUGUUCUCAGUCUGCUUGGUUACUAAAUGAUACUCUUAGGAACAAUAUCUUGUUCAGUGCUCCUUACGAAGCAAAUAGGUACAAUGCUGUUAUACAUGCUUGUGGAUUAACUCGUGAUUUAGAAAUCUUAAAUGCUGGUGAUCAAACUGAAGUUGGUGAAAAGGGUAUCACCCUGUCUGGCGGUCAAAAACAGAGGGUUUCUCUCGCUAGAGCCAUGUAUUCCAGAGCAAGACAUAUACUUUUAGACGAUUGUUUGAGCGCCGUGGAUUCUCAUACUGCACAAUGGAUAUACAAACACUGUAUCACUGGCCCAUUAAUGGAAGGUAGAACGUGUGUCUUGGUUUCGCAUAAUACUGCUCUUACUUUGAAAAAUGCAGAUUGGGUAGUUAUUUUGGAAAACGCUAAAGUUACAGCUCAGGGCGAGCCUCUCGAACUGUUUAAUCGUGGUCUUUUGGGCGAAGAUGAUUUAUUGAAAUCGUCAUUGAUGUCAACGAAAACUUCUUCCGUGAAUUUGAAGCGCAUGGACGAUAACAGAAGUGAUUUGGAUCUAGGAAAAUUGCAUAAAAAGAUUUCCAAAGAAGGAAUAUCCUCUAUCAAUGGAGCAACACAGAAAAGUGUCCCGGAAACAGAUGAAGACAGGGCAAAGAGAGGUAAGCUGAUUAAAGAAGAAGUCAAACAGGAGGGUGUGGUGGGACUUGACGUCUAUAUGUGGUAUGGCAAGAUAUUUGGUCGCAACAUUUUUUUGUUUUUAUUCUUCGUGUUCUUACUUGAAGAAUUCAUAUCUAUGCGUCAAUCUUGGUGGCUCCGUACAUGGGCUUCUACUUUGGGUGAUGGGUCGAAGGUAUCAAUAUUGACUGGCUCGGCAUCAACACUUAUGUCGCAUAAUUUUGCUUCAUUGAAGCAUUCUACCGACAACGCUGUCACUAUACUCUCCACAAUUCUUCGUCCAGGGGCCAAGACUCUAUCAACCACCACUCGUAACACGUUUUACUAUUUGUCUAUAUAUAUUUUACUUGGUACUUUAAGGGCUUUGAUAUCCACAGUGAAAGUCAUUCUAAGUUAUAUUUCCGGUUUAAAAGCUUCAAGAAAAAUCUUUACGUUACUGCUCAAAAAAGUUCUAUAUGCAAAGCUAAGGUUUUUCGAUUCUACUCCCACCGGCAGAAUAAUGAACAGGUUUUCCAGAGAUGUAGAAGCUAUUGAUGAAGAAUUGAUUCCAUUUUUUGAGGGUGCUUUUGCGUCAUUAGUUCAAUGUAUCACUACUAUUUUAUUGAUUGGUUACAUCACUCCAGUAUUCCUUUUUUUUGCCAUUGUAAUAUGUGUUUCGUACUACAUUGUUGGAUAUUUCUACCUUGUUGGAUCUCGGGAACUGCAAAGAUUUGAAUCAAUUACUAAGUCGCCUAUUCACCAGCACUUUUCGGAAACGCUUGUAGGUGUUACAACUAUUCGUGCUUUUGGCGAUGAACGCCGGUUUUUAGCAGAUAACUUGUCAAAGGUUGACACUCACAACAGGCCAUUCUUUUACUUGUGGGUUACUAACCGUUGGCUAGCCUUCAGGAUUGACUUUAUUGGUGCUUUUGUCAUAUUGGCGUCUGGAAUCUUUAUCUUACUUAACGUCAAUUCUUUGGAUGCAGGGUUGGCUGGUAUUUCUUUGAUAUAUGCCAUAUCUUUUACAGAAGGCGCUUUAUGGCUAGUGAGAUUAUAUUCCAAUGUCGAAAUGACUAUGAAUUCUGUAGAAAGAUUGAAAGAAUAUAUGAAAAUAGAACAAGAGCCUUCGACUGGAUUAUACGAACCUCCUCCAGAAUGGCCUGAUAGGGGUAAAAUCGAAGUAAACAAUUUAUCAUUACGUUAUGCAUCCAAUCUGCCAAAGGUUAUCAAAAAUGUAACAUUUACUGUGGAACCUCAAUCAAAGGUUGGUAUAGUCGGUAGAACUGGUGCUGGUAAAUCCACUAUUAUUACUGCCCUGUUUAGAUUUUUGGAUCCAGAUACUGGUACUAUAAAGUUGGAUAAUGUUGAUAUUACCAGUAUUAGGCUAAAAAGACUGCGCCAAUCUAUAACAAUUAUUCCACAGGAUCCGGUCUUGUUUGCUGGUACAAUUAAAAGUAACUUGGAUCCAUAUAGCGAGUAUGCUGACGACCGGAUAUUUGAAGCGUUAAAGCGGGUUAAUCUGAUUGUACAAGAAGAAUUAACCCCAACAGACAUCCCUAGUUCUAGCUCAUCUCUGAGCUUUGAAAAUGUCAAUAAAUUUUUGGAUUUGACCAGUGAAAUUACUGAAGGUGGUUCCAACCUAUCGCAAGGCCAAAGGCAGUUGGUUUGUUUGGCACGCUCUCUGUUGCGUAACCCGAAGGCCAUUUUACUAGAUGAGGCUACUGCCUCCAUUGAUUACGCCUCAGACGCUAAAAUUCAGCAAACUAUUCGCGAAGAGUUUAGUGGGAGUACGAUCUUAACUAUUGCCCACAGAUUAAGAUCUAUUAUUGACUACGAUAAGGUGUUGGUUAUUGAUUCUGGAGAACUUGCUGAAUACGAUCACCCCUAUACAUUAUUGUUGAACAAGGGAAGCCUGUUCUAUCGUAUGUGCGAGGAUAGUGAUGAAUUGGAAGCAUUGAUUCAAUUAGCAAAGGAAGCCUUUGUGAAAAAGCUCAACUCUAGAUAUUAA